UAAGGACAUAUUCAUGACAGAAGUGAUGUCUGGAGGAGUAGCUGAUCAGGCCGGUGUGAAGCUUGAUGAUCGUAUAGUGGAGAUAAACAGUGAGAAUGUUGAGAGUCUCUCACAUGAUCAGAUUGUGAAAAAGGUGAAAGCAGCCGGGGACAAAGUGAUGCUUCUGUUGGUGGAUGAGGACGCUGACAAAUUCUUCAAAGGCAAAGGCAUUCGACCAAGCACGGCUCAUGCCACUGUCAAGCACCUCCCGCAUAAGCCACGCAUUGCAGACAUGACCAAGAGAGCAGAUGGCUAUGGCUUUAUCCUGAAGGAAGUUCCUAAACAUGCAGGCCAUUAUAUUGGAGAAAUAGACAAAGGAAGCCCUGCGGAGCGAGCGGGACUGAAGAAUAUGGACAGACUAGUGGCCGUAAAUGGGCAGGAAACAGAUAACUGCAGACAUGAACAGGUGGUGGAAAAAAUAUCACAACAAGGAAACAAGUGCUCCCUCCUUGUGCUGGAGGCUGAAACAGAGAAAAUGUACAAAUUGGGUGGUGUUUCUCCACUUCUGUACUGGGAGGAAAUGAGAGGAUCUCCGCCCAGCUAUCCUGAGCAUGAAGCUGAAGCCACACCUGCUCCAGCGGCACCUGCUCCAGCAGAUGUGGACCACAAACCCAAACUGUGCCGGCUGGAGAAGACGGCUGCUGGAUUUGGUUUCCAUCUCAACGGCAUCCAGGGACUUCACGGACAGUACAUCAAAGAGGUGGUGAAAGAUGGAGCAGCAGACAGAGCCGGAUUGGAGGAUGAUGACAUUGUUGUGGAGGUGAAUGGGGUGAAUGUGGAAAUGAGCACACAUGAGGAGGUUGUGAACCUCGUCCGCAAGAGCGGGGACACGCUGGUCCUCCUAGUGGCUGAGAGGACGGCCUAUGAUCAUCUGAAAGCACGAGGGAUCGCCAUCAGCCCUCAGCUGCUGGAUAAAGAGCCCUCCGCUGAUGUCCCGGCACCAGCCUACGCACAGGAGGACGAGAGGAAAGAUACAGGAAGUGACAACGAAAGGCCGGCCACUCCACCUGCUCAAACUCGGUCAAGGGUCAGUACUGCUUUUCAGCAUUUCUAA